AUGAACUCCUCACACGAAUACAUACACCCGCUACAACAGUCCGAUCAUCCCGGCGACUACUCAGGUUCCGAUGACGACGACCUGGACCUCGAGGAGCUAGAUCCCAGUGCCACGCCACAACAAUCGUCGCGAGUAUCCCGAGACUAUACGAGUCGAACAAGGAACUAUGGCCCAGGGAUUGCUUUGCGGAAUUUACGCGUUGGCGUCGGAAGUCGGUGGAAGCGGAGUCCCUCUGGUCACAGGGAGCCAGAUGAGGAUACGGAUGCGCUGUUACAGGAAGAUCGGACGAGGAGGUCACAUGGUAGCUCCAGGAAUAUGACCGACGACGAUGCUCCUCUACUUGACCGCCGUGGUUCGACCCGCCCAUUUAACGAUGAUGAGCCCGUCCGAAAGGGUAACCGUUUACGCCUUCCCAGUCUCCGUGGCCCGAGUUUCCUCCAAGCUGCCUCGAAUCGCUUCCGCAGAUCUGGCAAUGACGAUACAAUCAAACCGCCUCGUGAUGUGCUUGUCGGGCAGUACCAAUCAACCAAAUACCCGCCCAACGUCAUUUCGAAUGCCAAAUAUACCCCCUGGAGCUUCCUUCCUCGGACACUCUACAACGAAUUCUCCUUCUUUUUCAACAUCUAUUUCCUCCUCGUCGCAUUGUCACAGAUCAUUCCAGUGCUCCGUAUUGGGUACAUGUCUUCAUACAUCGCUCCUCUGGCAUUUGUGGUAUCUAUAUCUCUGGGUAAAGAAGCUCUCGAUGACAUAGGCCGGCGCGGCGGGAUGCGGAGGCCAAUUCUGAAGAAUUUACCAGCGAAUGUGUUGGAAGUGACCAAGAAAUCUCGCGACUUGAAAGUCGGAGAUGUUCUCAAAGUCCGAAAGAACCAACGUCUUCCCGCCGAUGUUGUGAUCCUUCAAAGCCUCUCGAAUGAUUCGAAUACGGAACGCCCAAGCUCAUUCGAUGAAGACGCCCCCGAAGUAUCGACUGAUCUACUUGAAUCGGGCCAGGGAUCAUCCGAGCCCGUCGCCGAUGCUUCGGCCAAUGCCGAUUCGUCAAAUGCAGCAAAUGCUUCUUCCACCAGCGAUACCUUCAUUCGAACCGACCAACUAGAUGGUGAAACUGAUUGGAAACUCCGCUUACCCUCUGUCCUAUCCCAAUCACUCUCUUUCAGCGAAUUUACCCGACUCAAGAUUACCGCAAGUCCUCCAGAUCAGCGCGUCAACGAGUUUGUCGGUACGAUUGAACUGGGCCCUCCCACGGGCUUUUACGAUGCGCAUUAUAACAAGGCCUCGACUUCGCAGCCUCAGGGUGGACGAACUCCGAAUGGCGAGACCGAUAACUCCAACUCUGCACCUCUGAAUAUCGAUAAUACCGCCUGGGCCAAUACUGUCCUCGCCUCCAACACCAUUACAUAUGCCGCGAUCAUCUACACCGGCUCUCAAACCCGAGCCGCUCUUUCCACUUCACCAUCUCGUUCGAAAGUGGGCUUGUUGGAAUAUGAGAUCAACAACCUCACCAAAAUUCUAUGCGUGCUGACGCUCACUCUAUCCGUAGUGCUGGUCGCUCUGGAAGGGUUUGAACCAACGAACGAUAAGGUGUGGUACGUGGCAAUCAUGAUCUAUCUGAUUCUCUUUUCAACUAUCAUCCCAAUGAGUCUGCGAGUCAACUUGGAUAUGGCCAAGUCUGUGUAUGGUCGAUUCAUCGAGCGAGACAAGGAUAUCCCGGGUACCGUCGUGCGGACCAGCACUAUCCCUGAGGAUCUUGGAAGAAUCGAAUACUUACUCUCAGACAAGACUGGGACUUUGACCCAAAACGAAAUGGAACUGAAGAAGAUUCAUGUUGGCACCGUCUCGUAUGCUAACGAAGCAAUGGACGAAGUCGGAUCAUUUAUUCGUCAAGGUUUUGCAGGCAACACCUUGACGACACCAUCAACUAUUUUUGGUACUCAAGCUGGCCAAGGAGCGGCACCCCGUACCAGGAGAGAAAUCGGCUCCCGAGUUCGCGACAUCAUCUUGGCUCUUGCCGUCUGCCAUAACGUGACGCCAACAACGGAGGUUGAGGAUGGGCGUAAAGUCACAACUUAUCAAGCAUCAUCACCGGAUGAGAUCGCCAUCGUUCGCUACACGGAAGAGGUUGGGCUGAAGGUGGCUUACCGGGAUCGUCAAAGCAUUGUUCUCGAAUCCACAGACUCCAAGCAGGUUGUUGUUCGUGUCCGAAUUCUCGAUGUCUUCCCUUUCACAUCGGACAGCAAGCGAAUGGGCAUCAUUGUCGAGUUCCAGCAAGAUGAGAAUGACCUCGAAACAUCUACCAAGAACGAACCCGAGAUCUGGUUUUAUCAAAAGGGCGCGGAUACUGUGAUGACCUCCAUUGUUGCAGCGAAUGAUUGGCUUGACGAGGAAACUGCUAACAUGGCUCGCGAGGGUCUACGAACACUCGUCGUUGGACGCAAGCGACUUUCUCUAUCGCAAUACCAAGAAUUCUCCGCCAAUUAUAAACAGGCCUCCAUGUCUUUCCAGGGCCGUGAUAUCGGUGUGGCUAAGGUUGUGACCGAGUAUCUCGAACGGGACCUGGAGCUUCUUGGAGUAACGGGUGUCGAAGAUCGUCUUCAGCGAGAUGUCAAGUCGUCCCUAGAAUUGAUGCGCAACGCCGGUGUGAAAAUCUGGAUGUUGACUGGAGACAAGGUUGAGACAGCACGUUGUGUCGCGAUCUCUGCAAAGUUGGUUUCACGGGGUCAAUACAUCCAUACUGUUCAAAAGGUCACGGAUAAAUCUGUUGCCCAGGAAGCCCUAGAUUUCCUCCGCAACAAGACUGACUGUUGCUUGUUGAUUGAUGGCGAGUCGCUCAAUCUAAUGCUCGGCCAUUUCCGCACUGCUUUCAUCUCCGUCGCCGUUCUCCUGCCAGCCGUGGUGGCUUGUCGUUGCUCGCCCACCCAGAAAGCAGAAAUCGCCACCUUGAUCCGCCAACACACCAAGAAACGCGUUUGCUGUAUCGGCGAUGGCGGUAACGACGUCUCUAUGAUCCAGGCCGCUGACGUCGGAAUCGGUAUAGUGGGUAAAGAGGGCCGACAAGCCUCUCUAGCCGCUGAUUUCAGCAUCACUCAAUUCCACCACUUGACCAAGCUCCUAGUCUGGCAUGGCCGCAACUCAUACAAGCGAUCUGCAAAACUAGCGCAGUUCAUCAUGCACCGUGGUCUCAUCAUCAGUGUCUGCCAGACCAUGUACAGCAUUGCUGGACACUUCGAUCCCAAGGGUCUCUUUAUCAACUGGCUCAUGAUCGGCUACGCAACUGUCUAUACCAAUGCACCUGUCUUCUCACUAGUCUUCGAUCGCGACGUGGACGAGCGACUCGCCAACCUCUACCCAGAAUUGUACAAGGAACUGAAAACGGGAAAGAGCUUGAGCUACCGCUCAUUCUUCAGCUGGGUUUUGAUCUCCAUUUACCAGGGCGCUGUCAUCCAAGGCCUUUCACAAAUUCUGCUCCAGACCGUCACUGGCCCCCGUUUGAUCAGUGUCUCGUUCACGGCUCUCGUUCUCAAUGAGCUGGGCAUGGUCGCCAUUGCAAUCACCACCUGGCACCCUGUGAUGAUCUUCUGCCUAAUCGGUACUCUGCUUCUAUAUAUCGGCAGCGUGCCUUUCCUGGGUGACUACUUCAACCUACGCUAUGUGAUCACUGUCGAUUGGUUGUGGCGCGUCUGCGCCGUGCUAGCCGUCUCAUUGGUUCCCGUGUGGGCUGUCAAAUUGAUUAGACAGUCCUGGAGCCCUCCAAGCUACCGGAAAGUACGCGGUUAG